AUGGCCUUUGGUUACGUGAUCUACGUAGCCCGGAACCCAAAGGAUACGGCUGUUUCCUACUACCAUUUCUGUCAUUACACUCCACAUUUGCCGAGCUAUGAUUCUUGGGAUAUGUUCUUUGAAGAGUUCUUAGCUAACAGGGCUCCUCAAGGAUCUUGGUUUGAAACGUACGUGUUGCCAUGGUGGAGAAGAAGAAAUCAUCCAAACGUUCUCUUUCUCAAGUACGAAGAUAUGAAGAAAGACUUACCAGGAGCCGUACAACAGAUAGCUGAAUUCAUGGGAAAGUCCCUUUCAGAUGACGUCAUCGAGAAAAUCGCGGAAGCUUCGACGUUUGAGGCAAUGAAGAAGAACCCUUUAUCAAAUCCCGACACUCUGCUGCAGAAGGGCAACAAGGAGUCCGGACUCGGACAAUCGAGUACAUCCUCAUUCAUGAGAAAAGGUGUGGUUGGAGACUGGAAGAAUUAUUUCACUGACGAACAGAAGAAGCGAUUUGACAAGCUGUACGAUAAGGAAAUGGCUGGCUCUGGACUUGAAUUCGAGUUUUAGGAGUUGCUGAUAAGCCGCCUU